AUGAAAGAGAAAACUAUAUAAAACAAUAUUAAUAAAUAUUUUAUAAAUCUAUUUUUAGUUGUAAAUUUUGAAAGAACUGAUCUAAUGAAAAAAAAUUAUUGCCAAUAUAUAAGUUCUUUAGAAAAUUUUCCUCUAUAAUAAGCAUUAUUGUAACAGAAAUGUAAUUGA